AGUCACUACAGCAGGUCUGUUUUUAGCUUCUUUUUCUUUUCUUUUUUUAGCCCGGUGCUGGGGAUCAGUCGGAAACUGAUAUUUGUAAUACAUUGCAAGGUUUUUCAUGUUUAAUACGUCACCACAGUAGGUACAGGCAAGUUUUUUAGGUAUAGCUACUAGAGCCAUUUAAUUAAGUGACCUAAAUAGUUCUGUUACGUCACCGGAAUAGGUUCAUGAAUAACCAGUCUUUUAUGGCUUGUUUUGCAAGAGACAAGUCGGAGAAAGGUGCUUAUAGUGACGUUUUAGGUACAGAUUCCUGGACCGGAGCUGAUGCAUUGCAACACCUAGUUGUGGAUUAACCUUGCAGAUAAAAGCCGCAGGUUAGGGUCAGUGUGCGUCAGGCUGUGCAGGAUGAAGAGGCUCCGGCUGGUCGUGGUGGGGGCCGGUGUGGUUGGAUUCUCCACCGCUGUCUGUAUCGCUGAGGCUCUCCCUCUCUGCUCGGUGACUCUUCUGUCAGAGAAAUUCAGCCCGGACACCACCAGCGAUGGAGCUGCUGGGAUCCUGUUUGCUGCUGAAUUUCCAGAUGUUCCUCUGGAAAGACAAAGACGCUGGUUCAAAGACAGCUUUGAUCACCUUCUGGCUAUUGCUCAGUCUCAGCAUGCACCAGAUGCCGGCGUAAUGCUGAGCUCUGGCUGUCAGAUUUUUAAGGAAGUUCCAGCCAAUAAGACGCCCUUCUGGUCUGACUUGGUGAUUGGCUUUAGAAUCAUGGCUGAUGGCGAACUGAAGCGUUUUCCAGAUCAUAAAUUCGGACAAGCGUUCACUUCUAUAAAAUGUGAAUGCUCCAGCUACCUUCCCUGGCUGGAGAAAAGGUUUAGAGAGGCUGGCGGCCAAGUGGAGCAGAGGAAAGUUAACAGUCUGCAGGAGCUAAGCGACGGUUUCGACCUCAUUGUGAACUGCUCCGGACUUGGCUCCAAAGAGUUAGUGGGGGACGCAGGCGUGUACCCAGUCAGGGGCCAGGUUCUCCAGGUGGAGGCCCCCUGGUUGAACCACUUCAUCAGAGACGGAGAUGGGAAAACCUACAUCUACCCCGGCAUACACAGCGUCACCAUCGGCGGGACCAGACAGGAGGGAGACUGGCGCCUGCAUGUGGACAAAGGAGACACCCAGAACAUCCUGGAGCGCUGCGCCAGGCUGGAACCUUCCCUGAAGAAAGCAAAGGUUCUUAGCGAGUGGGUCGGUCUCAGGCCAAGCAGGAGGAACCCGAGGGUGGAGCGGGAGAGGGUGCAGCUGCAGGGCUGCAUGGUGCCGGUUGUUCACAACUACGGCCACGGGGGUUGGGGGGUCACCAUCGCCUGGGGAACGGCUUUGGAUGCCCUGGAGUUGGUCAGAAAGUGCAUUCAAGAAAUGCCUCAAAAGGCGAAACUGUGAAACGUUAACCUGCCAACUUUGAGCAGAGGCUAGUCCUCAUCAAAUCUAACAUCUGAGCACGUUUAGGAUUAUUAAUGAAGCAAAGAAGCCAUAAAAAACCAGCAAGAGGACGUUUAUGUCUCCAGCUGAUUUGAAUUAUCAAAAAAAAAAAAUGUAGAUUUCUUGAGCCGUACCUGUAUAAUGAAAUAAUUUCAAAAUAUUUUAUAAAUCAAUUAAAUGAAUUGAAAUAAAACCUUAAUUAAUUAACAUAACUGUAAUCAACAUGUUGGAUUGUUUAGCAGCAUCAGGAAUAAAAUCAGUUUAAGGUAAUUACACUGUAAAACACUAAUACCUACCUGAAAAUAAAUUGUAACUGUGUCAAUUUUUAAAAAAAAAGUGAAUUUUAUUUAGUUUACUCUCUU